CUAUGUGGAGUUUUUUCAACACAAUUCAACCCGGAAAAAUAAAAAUGAAUCAUCCUUCAAACGCUCUCCCAGUCUAAGUCACUAUCAAAUCAAAUCUUUCAUCCCGAAUUUUCUCUCUCCUGGUAAUCAAUGGCGGUUCGGGCAACGGUUGCCCGAUUUCCAUCCGACCCUGAUGAGCAAGAGACAUCUGGUCUACCAUGGGGAGUAACGAUUACACCGUUUUGCGGUAGAGAUGAGAAUGGAAAUCCGCCGUCGAUGGGAUCCGACGGUGAGAAUUUGCCGAGGUGUGAAAAUUGUUGGGCGUACUUUAACUCUUAUUGUGAGCUUGAUCAAUGGGCUUGGAAUUGCUCUCUUUGUGGAACGCUUAAUGGGCUUUCUGCUCACUCCAUUGCCAAAUACUCUCACCCUCAAUCUUGCCCUGAAAUGUCUUCCUCUUUUAUUGAUCUUGAAUUGCCUUUGGAAGCAUAUGAGGAAGAAUCAAUGCAGGCUCGUCCUGUCUAUGUGGCAGCAGUUGACCUGUCAUCUUCCGAGGAGUUUCUGGAUCUUAUCAAGAGUGCCUUACUGGCGGCUUUAGAAGCACUUCCUGUUGGAGCACUAUUUGGACUUGCUGCUUUCAGCCUUAAAUUAGGGUUAUAUGAUGUGCAAGGGCCUGUUCCAGUUGUGAAAAAUAUUUUCAUUCCCUCUGAUGCUGAAGGAACUAUACAAAUAGGGCUUGAAGAUGUCAUGCCUUUGUCUUGUUUUUUAGCCCCGGUGGAGACUUGCAAAGAGCGGAUAGCAUCUGCCAUUGAGACUCUUAAACCAAUGACAUCAUGGGAAAGAUCAACAGCUGCUAAUCAACCUCUAGAUGGUGUAUUAUUAGCCGGCCGAGGUUUUGGAGCAUCAAUGGAGGCCCUCUUCAAUUACCUUGGAUCAGAAUAUGGAACCACAUUUGCACUAGCUAGGAUUUUUGCAUUCUUGUCUGGUGCUCCUGAUUAUGGAGCUGGGACUCUAGAUACAAGACGGUAUGGUGAGCAAUAUGCUAGUAAAGGAGAGGAUGCUGACCGUGCUUUACUUCCUGAGCAAACCUCAUUUUACAAGGAACUUGCGGCUGUCGCUGUUCAAGCAGGUGUUUGUGUAGACAUAUUUGCAGUUACAAAUGAGUAUACAGAUCUGGCAUCACUGAAGUUCCUUAGCAUUGAAAGCGGAGGGUCCCUUUUUUUGUAUCCAAACACUGAUGAUUCUACUCUACCUCAGGACAUGUAUCGCAUGUUAAGUCGUCCAUAUGCUUUCAACUGUGUUCUACGAUUAAGAACUUCUUCUGAAUACAAAAUCGGUCGCUCUUAUGGUCACUUUUUCCCUGAUCCAGAAUAUGAAAAUGUUCAGCACAUAAUAUGUUGUGAUUCUUAUGCAACCUAUGCAUAUGACUUUGAAUUUUCAAAAGUUGAGGGUUUUUCAAGGCAUGCCUCAGAACCCCCUAUGCUACAAGUUGCUUUCCAGUACUCUGUGGUUGUACCACCUGAGGAGCUUUCAAGUUCUGGAUUGAGUUCUGCAAGUAGGCCCAAAUUUUCAAUCAAACGGCGCCUAAGAAUCAGAACUUUGCAAUAUGGAGCUGCACGCAACAUUAACGAGCUGUAUGAUAGUGUUGACUCUGAAGUGGUUCUUUCAAUUCUUGUUCACAAGGUCAUUCAGGCUUCUUUGGAGCAAGGAGUUCGAGAGGGCAGAGUACUGCUUCAUGAUUGGCUAGUUAUUCUUACAGCACAAUACAAUGAUGCCCUUAAGCUCAUCCAGUAUGGGACUGGAACUUCUAGUGCCGUUCAACAAAUUGAUGUUGCAUUUGCACAAUGCCCUCAGUUGCAGCCUUUGCCUCGCUUGAUCUUUGCUUUGCUUAGAAGUCCUCUACUUCGUCUGCAUGAGGAGGGUGUUCAUCCUGAUUACCGAAUAUUCUUGCAAUGUCUCUUCAGUGCGUUGGAACCAAGCUCUCUACAUCGUGCUGUAUAUCCUGUAUUGAGUUCAUAUACAACCCCAGAUAAACAAGCAUAUCCACGCCAUUCCCUGAGCCGUGCUGCACUAAUAACUAGUGGCAGUCCAAUAUUUCUUCUGGAUGCAUUCACAACUCUAAUAGUGUUUUAUUCUUCAACUGCUGACCCAUCACUGCCUUUCCCACCACCUCAGGAUUGUUUACUAAGAGCAACAAUAAAUAAACUGAAAAAAGAGAGAAGUAUUACACCAAAACUCUUAUUCAUCCGAGGUGGGCAGGACGAUGCCACAGCUUUUGAGAACUAUCUAAUUGAGGAACAAGAUGUUGAAGGGUCCGGCUUCACCAGCGUCAUGGGAUUUGUUUCAUUUUUGGAGGAUAUAAAUCGUGGCGUUUUGGAGUAUUUGAAAUAGAUCAAAUCCGAUAACAGGAAAACGCUGAUAUAUGAUUAAAAGCGCCAAAGCUGGAAGCUUAAUGUCCAAGUUCGGUAAAUUGGUUGGUUAGUAGGUUAGUUCCCUAGUGGAAAUUCUGUUCGAAUUUGCAAGUUCCUGAGAAACAAUUUUCAUGCGAGGAGAGGUUUGAUGCUAAACGCACAUUUGGACGAUGAAAAACAUAAUUAAAUGAAUCAAAUUUUGCUAUCUGUGGCAUUGAAUCGUCUAUUUAAUUGGGAGUUUUUGAUACUUUCUCUGUGAACAAAUGGAUUCUGUGAAUUAAUGUAUACAUUGUUUAGAUUUGUUCCUUGUCUUGAAUGUAUAAUUCUUUUCUUACUA